GCGCCCCGCCCGCCCCGCCGCCCGCGCCCGCCGCAGCGCCGCUCCCUCCCCUGCGCCCGUCCCCUCCCUGCAGCCGCCCGGCGCGGUGUGGGGAGGCGGCCGCUCCGCCCGCCGCCUCCGCCGCCCCGAGCUUCUCAGAAAAUGAUGCACCCUGUUGCCAGCAGUAAUCCAGCUUUCUGUGGGACCGGCAAGAGCUCUUGCCUGAACGAAGACAAUGUGAGGGCUGCGGAUCAGUUUGACCUCUACGCCACACAGCAGAGCAAGUACAGCCACGCAGUCAGCCACAAACCCAUUGCCUGCCAGAGACAAGAUGCCUUGAACGACUCCCACUUGCAGACCACAAGUGGCAGGAAUAUAGAGACAAAAGAUGAACUAAAGAAAAAGAAAAACCUCAACCGCUCCGGGAAACGUGGAAGGCCGUCAGGGACCACGAAAUCAGCAGGGUACCGAACCAGCACAGGCCGACCCCUGGGGACCACCAAAGCAGCUGGAUUUAAGACAAGUCCAGGCAGACCCUUGGGUACAACUAAAGCAGCAGGAUACAAAGUCAGCCCAGGCAGACCUCCAGGAAAAAAGCAGCAAGCCUUCAGGUGUUCCAGUGAUGCCUAACACAUAUUGAGCUGGACUUUUGCUGUACUUUACAAUAGGUGUGUUGAAUUGUUUUGGGGGAGCUGUGUAUGCACUGGCAACUAAGACAAUGAACCUCAACUUAUACUGGAUGGCUCCUUAGUCGAUAGAUGAACUAAUGGCAGCUAAAUUGCUACUAAGGAAUAGUUUCUUCAUGCUGAAGCUCUGAAAUCCAGUUGUACGUUCUGUUCCUCAACAAACUCACAAGUCUGAAAUUUAGCAGUCUCUCUCAGAAGAUAUAACUUCUGACACCUGCAAAAUGCUAACGUGAGUUCAUUCACCCUCAGGAUCUGUGUUGUAUUGGCUGUUUUUAAUCAGAUAAUUUUUCAACAAAAGACUGCUUUAAGUUCUUUCCUGAACUCAGCUGGGCAAGCAGUCAUCUUCAGCUGAAUGUAUAACUGCAGGAGUGUCACACCUCUCUGGCAAGGAACGUGUUGCAUGUCACCACUGUACCUUGGAGAAACUCCACUCCUUACCUCCUCCUGUUGAUCCUGUUUGCUCCUGUCCGUUCCUCACUUGUGCAUCCACUCAAUGGUGCUUUGCUGUGUGUCAGGAGAUAAUGCAGAUGUAUUGCUGUUCUGCUAGUAUAAUUUGUAUUCAAGUAUGCUGAUGAAAUAAUGAAAUCACCUAAGCAAUUUCUGUUCAUUACAGUGUUUAUUAAUUAUAUCAGAUUAAAUAUAAUCCCAGUAAAAACUAAUUAAUGUUGUCAGUUGUGAAGUGAUGAGCAUCAAAUAGAAAAGUGUUCGGAGAGCCUGCAGUGUGCUGUUUGGCACCCUGGAUUUAGGAAGGAGACCAGAAAUGCAUUGCUGGCAUUUCCUAAAUCUGCUUUAUUUUAUAUCUGACUAGAGUUUACUGGUGCCGUGUGGGGGGACAAAAAAAGAGGAGAUUCGACUAGAAAAUGGAAUUUUCAAAUACUUCUGUUCUUCCUAUAUAUAGUCUGCAGAAUACAUUGUGCUUUUUUCAACACUUUUCUUUCCAUGAAAAACACUGAAACAGCAUGUUAAUACCUAAACUUUAUUAGUACCAAUGGGAAAACUGGCAUUUUCCCCCCAUAGUAUGAAAACAUUACUUGUAAGGUAAAUUGCUUAUUUUAUAUUAUAUAUCAUAAUUCAGCUAUUCAUAAGCUAGGAUCACUGUUGUGUGUUAACACUGUUCAGAAGACUGACAUGUCAAGUUUAGGUUUUAAUAAUUUCUUUUAGUUAUCAAGUUUCUAGUGUCUUAUUUAUACAUAAAUGAAAUGUAUUAGCUUGCUAUUAUUCCUUAACGAUGCUAUAAAGUUCACUGUUUAAGAUACAUAUAGUAACUAGUAUUCAUUUUCUGAUUAAAUUUACUUAAACUUUAAAACCAAAUAAUUUUGCUACUAUAAAGUCUUGCACUGGACAGAUUCAAGAUGCUAGCACCAUAUUUUGGCAGAAAAAAAUCAGAUACCAUCAGAAGCAGCUGACUGAUAUCAAAGAUGGUAUUUUUAAAAUCAGCACUUAGCUUUGUCAUUAAGGCAAUGUUCUUUAUAUCUUGGAUUUAGUUUAAAGUAAUCAAAUUAACUAGAGCCAUUAAAGAUCUCUCUUCUGAAUGAGUAUAUUUUCAUUUUGUCUGAAGGAUCUUAAUGUUUAGUCAGGACAAAGCCAAGCCUUGUCAGUGAAAAGUGAUGUAUCUGUGAAGAGAAUUACCUGGAACUACAAUACACUGAGUAAUUCAGAUGAGAAUUUAACUCCCUCCCCCAUUUUGAAGAGCUUUAAAAGGCAGAGCAAUGUGAAGUCAUUUGUGCAAUGGUUUCAUUAUCUGUGACUCUGCUUUUCUUUGUUAUAUGUAGUAUAAUCAUGCUACCCUUAGAGUUGACAGUUAAAACAGCUGAUAACAAUCAUAAAUACUUGGAACUGCAAACUUCAUUUCUGAUUACAAAAAGUUUAUUCUUCUCUAUUUUAAUGCAUAUAUUUUAACCCGCUAAAUAUAUUUAUGACAUUAGUAGAGACUAGAUCUUUCUCCUUGUGACUUUUUUUCAAAAUAGAAGAAUCUGUAUUCUGAAAUUUGAACCACUUUCUGUUCCUUCAGUCUUUCAUCAUUUGCUUUUCCACAGGUUUACUUUGUGGGUAACAGUAAUCUGUUAAAUAACUAGUAUCAGCACCCUGUUCUCUGCUGUAAAAAGCCUGAUUAGAUACUGUGUAUGUUUUUAUGUCCAUGAACUUGAGCUACUCGUGUGCAAUUAUGUGUAUGGGAAUGGAGUAGUGUUCAUGAUCUGUACUUACAUCAUCAUAUGGAUGUAUAUUUAUUAAUAAAGUUAAUACUUUAAAACCUAA